AUGAGGACUUCCUACUGUGUCGAUGCAGGUUUGCCACUGAGGUUGGUGAAUGGCGGUGACCGGUGUCAGGGCCGGAUGGAAGUCCUGGACCAAGGCUACUGGGGCACUGUGUGUGAUGACAACUGGGAUACCCAAGAUAUAGAUGUUGUCUGUCGACAGCUUGGCUGUGGUCAUUCUCUGUCAGCACUGGGUGGGGCUCACUUUGGUCAGGGCUCAGGGAACAUUCUCUUGGGUGCCAUUUACUGCUCGGGAUGAGAGCCCUACCUGUCAAGCUGCCGCCACGACGGGUGGUACAACCAUGACUGUGGCCACAGGGAAGACGCUGGAGUCGUGUGCUCAGAAAUCCGUGUGUCUUCUUUAGGAACAGAUUCUGUUUUGGCCUUGAGGCUGGUGAAUGGUGGAGAUCGGUGUCAGGGCCGUGUGGAGAUCCUGUACCAGGGUUCCUGGGGCACCGUGUGUGAUGACAGCUGGGACACCAAUGAUGCCAAUGUGGUCUGCAGGCAGCUUGGCUGUGGCUAUGCCAUAUCUGCCCUGGGAAAUGCCUGGUUUGGUCAAGGCUCAGGGCCCAUUGUCUUGGAUGAUGUGGCCUGCUCAGGGUACGAGUCCUACCUGUGGAAUUGUCCCCACCGUGGCCUGCUCUCUCAUAACUGUGUCCACCAGGAGGAUGCUGGAGUCAUCUGCUCAGAUGCCACACAGCAUUCUACACCUUGGCCCCCAACAGGCACGGAUUCUGGCUUGGCCCUGAGGCUGGUGAAUGGUGGAGACAGGUGUCAGGGCCGCGUGGAGAUCUUGUACCAGGGUUCCUGGGGCACAGUGUGUGAUGACCUCUGGGACACCAAUGAUGCCAACGUGGUCUGCAGGCAGCUGGGCUGUGGCUAUGGUGUAUCUGCCCCAGGAAGUGCCCGGUUUGGACAGGGCACAGGAUCCAUCCUCCUGGAUGACGUGGGCUGCUCUGGGUACGAGUCUUACCUGUGGGAUUGUCCCCACCGUGGCUGGCGCAUUCACAACUGUGGCCACCACGAGGAUGCUGGUGUCAUUUGCUCAGCUGCCCCACAGCCAUCUACGCCUGCACCAGAAAACAUCACUGAAUGAGAAAUCUGUGUGUCCUCUUUAGGAACAGAUUCUGUUUUGGCCUUGAGGCUGGUGAAUGGUGGAGAUCGGUGUCAGGGCCGUGUAGAGAUCCUGUACCAGGGUUCCUGGGGCACCGUGUGUGAUGACAGCUGGGACACCAAUGAUGCCAAUGUGGUCUGCAGGCAGCUUGGCUGUGGCUAUGCCAUAUCUGCCCUGGGAAAUGCCUGGUUUGGUCAAGGCUCAGGGCCCAUUGUCUUGGAUGAUGUGGCCUGCUCAGGGUACGAGUCCUACCUGUGGAAUUGUCCCCACCGUGGCCUGCUCUCUCAUAACUGUGUCCACCAGGAGGAUGCUGGAGUCAUCUGCUCAGGCACGGAUUCUGGCUUGGCCCUGAGGCUGGUGAAUGGUGGAGACAGGUGUCAGGGCCGCGUGGAGAUCUUGUACCAGGGUUCCUGGGGCACAGUGUGUGAUGACCUCUGGGACACCAAUGAUGCCAACGUGGUCUGCAGGCAGCUGGGCUGUGGCUAUGGUGUAUCUGCCCCAGGAAGUGCCCGGUUUGGACAGGGCACAGGAUCCAUCCUCCUGGAUGACGUGGGCUGCUCUGGGUAUGAGUCCUACCUGUGGGAUUGUCCCCACCGUGGCUGGCGCAUUCACAACUGUGGCCACCAUGAGGAUGCUGGUGUCAUUUGUUCAGCUGCCCCACAACCAUCUACGCCCGCACCAGAUACACUCAAAACCCUCACUCUUCCUGAGGCUCCAGUAAACACGGAUUCUGGCUUGGCCCUGAGGCUGGUGAAUGGUGGAGAUCGGUGUCAGGGCCGUGUGGAGAUCCUGUACCAGGGUUCCUGGGGCACAGUGUGUGAUGACCUCUGGGACACCAAUGAUGCCAACGUGGUCUGCAGGCAGCUGGGCUGUGGCUAUGGUGUAUCUGCCCCAGGAAGUGCCCGGUUUGGACAGGGCACAGGAUCCAUCCUCCUGGAUGACGUGGGCUGCUCUGGGCACGAGUCCUACCUGUGGGAUUGUCCCCACCGUGGCUGGCGCAUUCACAACUGUGGCCACCACGAGGAUGCUGGUGUCAUUUGCUCAGAGUCUGACUCACGCCCUGAGCCAGGACCUGGAACCUUUUCGUCGGAGCCACCCACGAGUCACUCUAUUACAGUGGGUCCUAAGUCGAUGCUAGCCAUGAGACUCGUGGAAGGUUCUGGCAGGUGUUCUGGCCGAGUUGAAGUGUAUUUUGAAGGUGUGUGGGGCACGGUGUGUGAUGACCUAUGGGACGAGAAAGAAGCGCAGGUCGUGUGCCAGCAGCUGGGCUGUGGGACAGCUGUCUCUGCCCCUGGAGACGCCUACUUUGGCCAGGGCUCUGGGCCCAUUCUUCUGGAUGAUGUGCAGUGUUCUGGGACCGAGACUUCCCUGGGACAGUGCUCCCAUGCCGGCUGGUUCAUCCACAACUGUGGGCACAGGGAAGACAGUAGUGUCAUCUGCUCGGACUGGCCACAGUUGCAAGUCAUGAAUGGGUCAGGCAGAUGCUCUGGGCGAGUGGAAGUUUUCUACCAUGGCCAGUGGGGCAGGGUUUGCGAUGAUCACUGGGACCUGCGUGAAGCUCAGGUGGUGUGCCGGCAGCUGGGCUGUGGACGUGCUCUUGAAGCCCCAGUUGAGGCAAAAUUUGGUGAUGGCAAAGGCAAGUUUCUGCUGGAUGAUAUUGACUGUACCGGAAGUGAGAGUUUUCUGGGGCAGUGUCCUCAUGCUGGCUGGCACCUGCAUAACUGUGGUCCCAGAGAAGAUGCCAGUGUCAUCUGUGCAGGUCCACCCAUGGCUGACUCAGCAUUUGCCAGGCGCAGAGCCAGUGUGCCUGGGCCCAGCCCCUCAGAGGGCUGGCGGGGGCUGAGGCUGGUGAACGGCUGGGACAGAUGCUCUGGCAGGGUGGAGGUUUUCUACCGGGGCACCUGGGGGUCGGUGUGUGGUGAAGGCUGGGCAGAGGCACAGGUCGUGUGCAGGCAGCUCGAGUGUGGCUUGGCCACAUCUACCCCUCUUGGCUCCCACUUUGGCUUGGCCUUUGGAAAGGUCCAGCUGGACAAUGUGCGCUGCACAGGCGCAGAGAGCCGCCUGGCUCUGUGUGCCCAUGACAGCUGGUUCUCACGGAACUGCGCCGAGGAGGACGCGGGGGUCCUGUGCUCCGAUGAUGGACUCUCAUCUCCUGCACCCACGACAGACAUCCCCAGCCUUCGCUCCAUCCUUCUGCCAGCAGGCACCGCGACUUCGGCAGGGCCUUCCCGCCUUCCUUCCACAGUCACAAUGGCAGGGGCCCACUUCAGGGCAGGCUCUGGAAAGAUCCUGCUCGAUGAUGUGCGGUGUGUAGGCAGCAAGGGCCACCUAGGGCAGGGCAUGCAUGGGAGCCAAAUUGGACCCAACUGCGGGCAUAUGGAGGAUGCUGAGGUCAUGUGCUCUGGUGCUGAUGAUUCUUCAGUCCCCAUGCCCACCACAGAGCCUGAAGCUGCACCACCAUCCCACGUGCUCCCAGGUGGUGGACUAUCCACAACCAUAGUCACUACAGAGCCUGACACCCUGAAAUCUACGUCCACACCCCUGUCAGGAGGCUGGGCUCCUGUGCGGCUGGUAGGCACCCAUGGAAGCUGUGCAGGGCGUGUGGAACUUUUCUACCAGGGAGAAUGGGGAACCAUAUGUGAUGACCUCUGGGACCUACCAGAAGCAAACAUCGUCUGCAGACAUCUGGGGUGUGGCCGGGCCAUUUCAGCCCUGAGUGAAGCCCACUUUGGAGAAGGUACUGGGAAGAUUCUCCUUGACAACGUGCACUGCAAGGGACAUGAGGAGCACCUGGAGGAAUGCUCCCAUGUUGGCUGGUUCUCCCACAACUGUGGUCAUGGGGAAGACGCCAGUGUGAUCUGUUCAGGUUACCCACUGGCUGGCAUGGAAGAGACAAUGGCUACAGGGGACUGGCCAGAGCUGCGGUUGGUGGGCGGUGCUGGGCGGUGCUCAGGACGUGUGGAGGUCUUUCACCAAGAAGCCUGGGGCACUGUGUGUGAUGAUCUGUGGGACCUGAAAGAAGCCGAAGUUGUGUGCCGGCAGCUGAGGUGUGGUGAGGCCAUAUCUGCCCUUGGGAAGGCCCACUUUGGAGCAGGCUCAGGAGACAUCUUCCUGGACAACCUCCAGUGUGCUGGGGUGGAGCGCUCCCUGGGCCAGUGUGCCCACUCAGGCUGGUCGGAGCACAACUGUGGCCACCACGAGGAUGCCGGAGUCAUCUGCUCAGGAGACCAGCCAGAGCUGCGGCUAGUGGGCGGCUCCAGUCGGUGCUCAGGUCGCGUGGAGGUCCUUCACCAAGGGGCCUGGGGCACUGUGUGUGAUGACCUGUGGGACCUGAAUGAAGUUGAAGUUGUGUGCCGGCAACUGGGAUGUGGUCAGGCUGUUUCUGGCCCUGGGGGGGCCUACUUUGGUGCAGGCUCAGGAGACAUCUUCCUGGACAACCUCCAGUGUUCUGGGAUAGAACAAUACCUGGGCCAGUGUGCCCACUCAGGCUGGUCGGAGCACAACUGUGGCCACCAUGAGGAUGCCAGUGUCAUCUGCUCAGAUGCAAAAGAUCCGCCUCCACCCACACCUCCAGGUACAUCCAUAUUUUUCCCUACUUCUCAAGAUCAUGUAACAGAAGGAAGCAGUUCUUGUGGAGGAGUCAUUUCUAGUCUCUCCGGCUCAUUUUCUAGUCCACAGUAUCCAGAAAACUACCCAACAGACAUCCAAUGUGUUUGGGAGAUCCAUGUGGAUAAAAAAUUUCGCAUAGAACUCAUAAUUCCAAGUUUGAAACUGGAAGAUAUUCUUGGAUGUCCCUAUGACUCAGUUGAAAUCUUCGAUGGUCCCAGGAUUGCCUUACUCUCCAUGGGGAGGUUCUGUGCCCCAGUGGCUGUGAUGUUUUUCUCCUCCUCAGACAUCAUGACAGUGGUGUUCCAAAGCGAUUAUAUGAUAACCAACACUGGCUUCUAUGCUCUGUUCAAUGCAGUUCCACAGGGUGAAAGCAAGUCAGGUGAACCAGUACUACAUCUGGUGGGUGGCUCUGGACAGUGCUCGGGACGUGUGGAGGUCUUCCACCAGGGGACCUGGGGUACCGUGUGUGAUGACCUCUGGGACCUGAAUGAAGCUGAAGUUGUGUGCAGACAGCUGGGAUGUGGACAUGCCAUUGCUGCUCCAGGAGAGGCCCACUUUGGCCCAGGCUCUGGAGAAAUCCUCCUGGACGAUAUUCAGUGCUCUGGAAGUGAGAGCCACCUUGGCCAGUGCCCCAGCUCCGGCUGGUUAGACCACAACUGUGACCACCAUGAAGAUGCUGGUGUUGUCUGCUCAGAAGGAAGUAAUUCUUGCGGGGGAGUAAUUUCCAGUCUUUCAGGCUCCUUCUCCAGCCCCUGGUAUCCUAUGAACUACCCCACUGAUGUGGAGUGCAUCUGGGUGAUACACGUGGCUGAGAAGUUCCACAUAGAGCUGAUGAUCCCAAGCCUGAAACUAGAGGACAUUUAUGGGUGCCCUUAUGACUUUUUGGAGGUGUUCGAUGGACGGCAAGCUGCCUCGCUCUCCAUGGGCAGAGUCUGUGCUGGGACAGAGCUCACAUUCCUCUCUUCUUCAAAUGUCAUGACUGCAGUGUUUAGAAGUGAUGCCAUGGUCACCAACACAGGGUUUUAUGCUCUGUACAAUGCAGUUCAGCAAGCUGAAAGGCAGAGUGGUAUGUUCUUGCGACUGGUAAAUGGCAGCCACCGGUGUGAGGGCCGGGUGGAGGUCUUCUACAAUGGCACAUGGGGUACUGUGUGCGAUGACAGCUGGGACCUAACAGAUGCCAAGGUGGUGUGCCAGCAGCUUGACUGCGGGGAAGCUCUGUCAGCCCCAGCUCAGAGCUACUUUGAUGGAGGAACUGGUCACAUCAUGCUGGAUGGCGUGCAGUGCUCGGGGAAUGAAGACAAGGUGUGGCAAUGCACACACAAUGGAUGGUUUGCCCACAACUGUGGCCACCAAGAGGAUGCCAGCGUCAUCUGCUCAGAUGAGAAUUUCCAUUGUGGUGGUUUGCUUACAAAUGAUUCAGGAUCUCUCUCCAGUCCUUGGUAUCCUAAAAAAUACCCUACGAAUGUGGUAUGUGUCUGGGUCAUCCAAGUGGAUACCAGAGCUCACGUCAAACUUACAUUUGAAGUGAUCAAAAUGGAAAACUUCUACGGCUGUCCCUAUGACUUCAUUGAAAUCUUUGAUGGGCCACAAAAUGAAUCUUUUUCUCUGGGGAGGUUCUGCUCUGGAACAACCCCAAUAUUUACCUCCUCGUCAAAUUGCAUGACCGUGGUGUUCCACAGUGAUGAAAUUGUCACCAACAUUGGCUUUAAUGCAUCUUAUGAGUCUCUGGUACAAGAUGAGAAUGACACAGGUGUGGCCCUCAGGCUGACCAGUGGCAGCCACCAGUGUGAGGGCCGCGUGGAGGUGCACUACAACGGCAGCUGGGGCACAGUGUGUGAUGACAGCUGGGACCUGCGUGAUGCCCAGGUGGUGUGCAGGCAGCUGGGCUGUGGUGGACCUGUGGCAGCCCUUGGACGGGCACAUUUCAAGCGAGGCAUGGGUCCCAUAGCCCUGGAUGACAUGGAGUGCAUGGGGACAGAAACCAAGCUGUGGCAGUGUCUUCACAGUGGUUGGUUUUCCCACAACUGUGGCCACCAUGAGGAUGCAGGUGUCAUCUGCUCACAUCUGCCAGUGGUGAGGCUGGCCAAUGGGAGAAGCCAGUGCGAGGGCCGCGUGGAGAUCCACCACAACGGCACCUGGGGAUCAGUAUGCGACAACCUCUGGGACCUGCCUGCUGCCCAGGUGGUGUGCCAGCAGCUGGGCUGUGGGACAGCCCUGGCAGCCCCCCGGGGAAGUCUGUUCGGCGAUGGCUCGGGCCCCAUCUUUUUAGAUGAUGUGAGGUGUAUGGGCAAUGAGACCAACUUGGGGCAGUGCCACCACCUUGGCUUGUCUGUGCAUAACUGUGGACACCGUGAGGAUGCUGGAGUCGUCUGCUCAGACCUGCCAAUUGUCCGGUUGGUGGAUGGGAGGAACCGGUGUGAAGGGCGUGUUGAAGUCCACCACAAUGGCACAUGGGGCACCGUGUGUGAUGACCUCUGGAGCAUCAAGGCUGCGCACGUGGUGUGCCAGCAGCUGGGCUGCGGGGAAGGCACUGGUGCACUAGGGAGCAGCCACUUUGGGGAAGGCAUGGGGAGCAUCUUCCUGGACGAUGUGCAGUGCCGGGGCAACGAGACCUCGCUAGGCCAGUGCUGCCACCGGGGCCUGUCUGUCCACAACUGUGGCCACCAUGAAGAUGCUGGGGUCAUCUGCUCAGACCCGCCGCUGCGCCUGGUGGGCGGGAGGAGCCGCUGCGAGGGCCGGCUGGAGGUGCGGCACCAGGGCGCUUGGGGCACGGUGUGCGACGACCUCUGGAACAUCAGGAACGCCCGCGUCGUGUGUCGCCUGCUGGGCUGCGGCCGCGCGCUGGGCGCCCCGGGUCGCAGUCGCUUCGGCCCAGGCUCAGGGCCCAUCCUGCUGGACGACGUGCGCUGCACCGGCGCGGAAGACGCGCUGGAGCGCUGCGCUCAUGCGGGCUGGGCGCGACACAACUGUCGCCCCCACCACGAGGAGGAUGCGGGCGUGAUCUGCGCAGGUCCAGCUGACUCUGUUGUACCCAAGGACAAUGCCCAGCUCUCCUGCUUGCCUCACCUCUUCCAAGCUGUCAUUGACCGAGGCUAUCUCCGGAGACUGGGCUACUCCUCCUGGGACAUUCACUUAAAUGAUAAGAUGUGUCGCCCCCAAGUCACUGGGCGCUACCUGAUCUUCAACAUUCCCUAUGGCCACUGUGGCACUGUCCAGCAGGAGCACCUUGGCUCCCUCAGCUACUCCAACUCCAUCAGAGGCCGAGUGCGAGGCCACCCUGGCCAAGUCAUCGUGAGGCAUAAAGUGCCCCAGGUGAAGUUCACCUGCAGAGUGGACGGCUCAUCCAAAGCUGAAAUCCUUCAUGGGUCUGAUGCCCGGACAGAGGGUGCUGACUAUGAUGUGUCCAUUUUGUUCCUCCAAAUGCCUGAGUCCCAGCAUGUAGGAGGCAUGGUGCCUCACUAUGCUAAUCAGAAGAAAGAGGUCUUCCUCCAGGCCACCCUCCAGAGCUCUGAUCCCAACCUGAGGCUCUUUGUGGAUACCUGUGUGGCUUCUCCAGAUCCCAGUGAUUUUACAACUGUCACAUACGAUUUGAUCCGGCAAGGGUGCAUCAAAGACAAUACCUAUACCAACCUCCACUCCCCACAGAAGAAUGUGGCCCAGUUCAAGUUCAAUGCCUUCAGCUUUCUUGACAGCUAUGAUGUGGUAUAUCUGCAGUGUAAGAUUGCUGUGUGCAGAGUAGGGGACUAUUCUUCUCGCUGCUCCCAGGGCUGUGCAGGGUGGAACAGAAGAGGUGCAGUCUCUGCAGAGGCCAAGGAAAAACAUUCUGAGCAUUUCCAGACAGUGAGGACACUGGAGAUCCACAGAGCAUCUGGCCACAGCAAGACCCUGGUGUGA